UUGUAUUAAAGUGGGUAUUAUUAUUGUCUACUGUAUUUGUCAAUCAAACAGAACGUGAUCGUUAUUGACAUGUGGUAUUGACACUAUUUUACCAUCUUUGUUUAACCUAAGAGAUGCCAUAGUAACAGCACUCCUUAGUUUAACUAUCGUCAUUUUAAAUAUAUCUUACAGUACAGUAGGACUACCAGCAGCAGGUUGCAGCUAGUGUUACUUCCAAAGGACAACGCAAAAUUGUGCAACCAUGGCGACGACUUCAUCACUAUUUCUGAUCUACCUUGUCAUAUCCAUCUCACAAUGCAUUGCAUCUUCCAACAUAAUCCAGUGCUCAGCAAUUAAUGGUUGUUUGGAAUACACAAAUUUCCCAGACCAUCCAUGUCCCGUGUGUGUAAAACAAGGUUGCCUCUACGAGGACCAAGUUUACCAAAUUGGGGAAAACUUCCGACCCGAUGAUUGUACCUCUUGCACGUGUCACAUUGAUGGAAUAUACCGCUGCAGAGGUAUGAGAUGCAGAAAACCAAAGUGCGCCAACCCCGUCAAAGCGGCCGGCGAGUGUUGUUCCACUUGCCCAAAGGAGAAACGUGAAGUUUUGACGUGCACUUUGUUGAAUGGCCAAACAAUCCUACAUCAAGUUGGUGAGUCCGUCAAGGUGGAUACAUGUGGACGCGAAUGCAUCUGUUCCUCUGGUGGCGAAGCACUCUGUGACCCUCCACAAUGUUUUAUCGCCAAAUGUUCAAAUCCAUACAAACUACCCAAUUGCUGUAACAUUUGUCUGCCAUAAAAUUAACAGAAAUGGUCCUGGAACAAUCUUUUUAUUUUGGCACUAACAUUUAACUAAAACGAUGAGUCUAAAGACUAACUUAACUUAGGAAGCAAACUAUCAUUAGGCCUAUAAUAAACAUUUUUUGGUAAAGAGUAUGUCGGUGAAUUAGUUGCCGUCAAAUUAGUUGUCGUCAAAAUUAUUUUGGUGACAUGUCAUGUCGGCAAAAUAAUCUGCAUGUCGGCGAAUUAGAACAUUAGGUCAUUUGACGUGGACAACAAAUAGUCAAUGGAAGGUUAAUUCAGUCCAUCGGCGGAAACUGUUAUCUGAUUCCUUUGCCGAUCAUGAAAUAAAAUUUAGUAGGCCUACCCAUUGAGGUUUUACUUACUAGAGGCAUACUUAGUAUAUAUUUUUGCGGAACUAAUACAGUUUCAGUGUAUAUACAUUGGUAGCUAGGCUACCUACGGGAAAUACCCGCUGUUAUUUCUUACCUUAGUCUUUUGAUGUAGCCGACGACUGAAAAUAGAAAGCAAAAGUUUCUGUGGUGGUAAUGGGCUCAGGUCGAUUAAACAAAAUGGACAGAAUUGAAAUUUAACUGACACAUGUUGACAAUAUCAGAUAGAAUAUCACUAUAUAUUCACUAGCGAAUCCCUAUUACAAACAUAAAAUGUAAAUCAUUAUUAUUGAAGCUCAUGGUAAAAGCUGUGUUGUGUAAAAAU